AUGUCUCCAGAAGGGCAGCUCGCGUACUUGGGCCUUAUGGGCGUCGUGGGUCUUACAUAUUUACUAGCUGUGAUUACUCCAGCUGGCCUGCCUCCAAAGGACUUUAAACCACAGAAGAACCAGUGGAAAGUAUGGUGCAAUAAGUGCAAGUUGUAUAAACCUCCUAGAGCGCAUCAUUGCAAGCAGUGCAAGACGUGUGUUUUGGCGAUGGACCACCACUGUCCAUGGACAAACAACUGUGUUGGACAUGGAAACAUGCCUCAUUUCAUGAGGUUCUUGAUUUGGGUGCUUAUCGGUACGGGUUACACGUUGUACCACCUUUCGUUGAGAGCGUACGAGUUCUACGAGGACCGUGACUUACCCGCGUACUUGGUGGAUAGAUCUGAGCUUACGGCGGUGAUUAUUUUGCUUCUUGUCGAUGGGUUUGUUUUCUUUGCUAUUACUAUCCUUACGCUUCGUUGUGUGUUCCACAUUGCCAGUGGUAAGACGCAGAUUGAAGUUUGGGAGAUGGAGCGUAUUGAAUCGCAGUUCCAUACAGAGAAGCUCUGGUACCAAAUCAGGAAAAACUACAAGCUUAUUCACGGGUCUGAGUUGCCCCAGCUCACGUCGUGGAACUUGGGUGCCAGGUUCUACAAUGGUGAUCCGCUUGAGGUCGAUGAGGACGACGAAGACGUGCCUUUGAGGACACUUGAAGAUGAAGCCGAUGAGCCGUCAUUAGUUCCAGACACAUUCACGCCGGACGAUUUGAUUUUCCCUUAUGAUAACGGUAUUUUCAUGAACUUCUUCAAUGCUCUUGGGUACCCAUGGUCGUUCAUUCUCUUCUGGGGUAAGGCUCGAGGAAACGGGUACGAGUUCGAGAAUAACGGUGACGACGACCAAUUGAACCUUCCUUGGCCUCCAGACGGGGGAUCGACCGACUUCGUGGCCAAGGAGUAUACUGACGACGAAUUAAAAGAGAUGGGUGAUAUCUCGCUUAUCAAGAAGCAUUUGGACCCCAGAAGCCGCAUGGCACGCAACGAAUGGGUCAAUGACAUGGGAGAGACGCUCCAGGAUUACGGAGUUGACAUUGAGGCAGAGGAGGAAGCAGAAUUGGUUACCGGAGAGGAACCAGCAGGGAACGAGAAGCCCAUUGAAGCAGCAGCAGGUAAUUAA